AUGGCCAGGCUGAGCCAACCAGCCCACUCAUUACUUGCUACGCCCGCAGCAGGCCGCGUUAUCGGAACCGUUACAGGUUCCACUACUGCCAUGUCUUCACAUCCACUUCACACACUAUCGCCAGAAGCCAGCCUUCAGUCGCACGGCAACGACAACCGGCCACACUCACCAUCGCACCGAGGCUCUGAGCCAUCCACGUUUUCACCUGCCGACUGCCGUGCUCUCAGCAAGGUUUUGCGCGAUGUGGGCGACAGCUCUCCUUUAUUAACUCCAAGCCGACUUGAGCCGAGCGAGCAGUCAUGUGCGAACACAGACCGUACUAGCAGCACUAUUGACAGGGUUACAGUAGAUGAAGAUUAUGGUCUUGCUGGUCAUGAAGCUACUGACGCUGGAUACGAGGACGAGGACGACAGCAUGGAGUUGAGUGACGGCGUUGAGAACGCUACGGGCAGAGACGCAGUGAACAUGCCUGGAGACCAUGCAUCACAAAGCGUUUCCAACUCCAACUCCAAUCUUUGGCUGCAAGACAGCAUUCCAACGCAUGAUGAUAAAGAUAGACUGAGGUACAGUGAAUGCCGCGCAUUGAAUGCGAAGUACACAAAGGCCAGGCGGCAAGAGAAGGAGCGUACCAAACCAGCUAUACCCAAGGAACGCGAUACCAUCGAAGACAUCAUGAAUCUACCUGGUAAGCGUGCUCCUCCAGCACGUCCACAGGAUCUUGGCCGCAACGACUCAGAUUUUCAGCCGAUACCCGAAGAAAUCAAGCAGUUGAACCUAAUGCGCCUCUCUAUGGAAAAGGUGCUGGAUGAUGAACGCGUCGAGCAAGAGCGUGCCACACACGAACAAGAGUCAGGCAUCUUUGUUUCUGGUCAUGGUGUACCGCACCACCGCACAACUACGACUGUACAGCAACAGUCUAUCCAUGAGGGGUCAGACGCCGACAACGAAGAUAAUGACGCCACAGAUGAUGCAGCCGAGACAAAAGAGGUGACAGACUUACAAACCGCCGCACCUAAUCUCAAAACGCACAUUAACCCUGCUGCCGCAUCGCCCAGGAAUCGUAACGGAUCGAUUCUGUUAGUCCCAAGCACCCCAGAACCUACUGCGCAGGCUCCAGAUCAAAACCACAUCCAGCUCGUUGCCAACCAGAACGUUCUUGAGACACCGUUCACCAGGACGCUAAGCUAUUUCAAGCAGCACAAGGGAGCCGAGAACUCUCCUUCCAAGCGUCGUCGAAACACUGCUCUGCAACAAGAGAUCGCAGCGGUAGCUGGAAUUGCUACCGAUGCUGAGGACCAACCAUGUUCAACGGAGCAGACAGAGCUGCGACAUGUAUCGCUAAAUACUGUCUACCCGAGUGCAUUGCCUACGACAUCUGCUCCAGCUGACUUGGAAGGCAUAGUAUUAGUUCAGGCUACCGAAGACACAGAAGAGGCCCAAGGCAACAUCGCUAGGGUAGACGAACCUCAUCAGGCACACACAUCAUCACAAACUGCCCCAGAGGCUACUUCCAAAAAGGAUGGGGCCAUUGUGCACUCAGAAGCAGAUGAUACUCAGAAGCAACUCAUCGUCUAUCCACAGCAUCCCGCCUUUGUGAACGCCAUCGGUAUGAUUCCAGCUGCCGUUUUCUGGAUGACUGCGGCUCCCAUUAUCAAGUACACCACUGCCGCCGUCGACUUGCUCAUCGAUAGCCUCAGGGAUGUCUACCUCUAG